UCAGCUCAAAUGAAAACAGUUGAACAAAUUUCUCAUCGCCGAAGUCUCGACACUAUUUUCCUCAUUUGAAAAAACAUGGCAAGCCUUGAAAUUCUCAUGACUGAGCAGCCUUCGGGCACAAGAUCGCAAUUUACAGCGCUUGAGAAAGACGCACCGCAAGGUCUGAGAGAAACCAGCGGUCGAAGUGCUCAUAAUCAUUUGCAGUACCUUUCUGGAUGGCGCUUAAGUUUGCUCACUCUCGGGUCUGCUAGAAAGGUCGAUAAGCAUGGACUUCUACUAAUUUUGCAGCAGACUAUGCCUGAGUCUCAUGCUAUCUUCGCUGGAUAUCACUAUCGUUAGCACUGCUCUUGUCACUAUCUCUGACGAUCUACAUGCAUUCGAUCAGAGUAGUUGGAUAGUGAACAGUUAUCUGACAACAUACUUUAGUAAGCUAAAUCUACUGCCAUUCUGUAUAGUUUCUUACAUAUCAGGUGCUUUAAUUAUAUGGGCCAAAAUGAGUGAUCUCGUCGGCCGUAAGGUUAUGCUCGUCGCCGCCAUUGUGAUAUUUUUAGCGUUUUCAGGUGGCUGCGGGGGUGCUGCGACUAGUACUCAAAUGUAAGGAACCCUAAAGCUUCAGUAAUGCCACUUUUUAACCACAAAUAAUAGAAUCGCUUUCAGAGCCCUCCAAGGCAUCGGAGGUGCUGGAAUAUUUAGCAUGGUACCGAUAAUUGUGGCAGAGAUGGUCGUCCCGGAGCAAUAUGGAAAAUUCAACGGCAUCGUCUCGCUAGCACUGGCUAUCAGCUUCCUACUUGGCCCAGUACUAGGAGGUGCAAUUCCUCAGCACACAACAUGGAGAUGGAUCUUUUUGAUCAACUUGCCCAUAGGCGUGGUGGGUCUAAUUCUCGUGCUGUUGGCAAUGCCUGCAGGUUUUCCGGACAACAGACCGUCUAAAGCCAUCCUAUUCUCGCCAAAGAAGAGUAAUUUGCGAGGAGAGAUUGACUACGUGGGAUUUUUAUUACUUCCAACAGCUUGCGUUUUUCUUAUCGUGGCUUUCGAAGAAGCUGGAGUGGCUUUUGCCUGGGAUUCGGCCCUGGUAAUCACUUUCUUGGUACUUGCUUUCGUUCUUCUUUGUCUGUUCUUCGCAUGGCAAAGACUUCUGUUCUUGAGACAAUCUGCGAGACAACCCGUCAUUCCAUGGGUGUUCUUGAAAAACAGAGUUCUCAUGGGUAUCUAUAUGUAAGAUCUACUCUGAGUGAGCUAUCAUAUUGGUAACUGACGAAAAAAAUAGAUAUGCUGUUCUCUCAGGUGUUCCUUUUGUAACUCUAGUCAUCGAGAUUCCUCAGAGAAUCCAGAGCAUUAGUAAUACAUCGACACUGAUUGCAGGCGUUCGCGUAUUACCCUACACAAUGUCGAUUGCUGUUGGCUCAGCCAUCACGGGUGGUUUGACAGCAAAAGGCCGUAUACCUCCACUUUAUGUGCUGAUCGCGGCUACCUCAUUGCAAACCCUUGGGACCGGACUAUUGUACUCGAUACCAGUAGCACCUCACAUCCCAGCAAGCUUCUAUGGUUAUCAGGUACUGGCAGGCAUGGGUGUCGGCUUGGGAUUGACGACGUUAUUGAACAUAGCACCUUUUAUUGUCGAAAAACAACUUCUAGGUAUCUAAGGCUUCGAUGAUGUAUUCUCCUUUCAGAAACUAACAAUGCUCUAGCUGUUGCACUCGGUGGUGUGACCCAGAUGCGAAUCCUUGGAGGGGCUAUCGGUGUUGCAAUUGCCACCAGCCUAUUGAACAACACUGUUGUAUCAACUCUGGCCGAUAUCUUACCUGCUGAGACAGUCAGCCACCUUCUACAAAACCUUUCUUCAAUGUCUUCGCUCUCAUCACAUGAUCAAGCUGUGGUUCAAUCUGCAUUUGCUCAUGGGUACCACAAACAACUAGCUAUGAUAUUAGGUUUCUGUGCUGCUGAAGUUUUUGCAAUUGGGCUUAUGUGGGAGAGGACGCCUCGUAGACUUUUGUGAAGUACCAAGGCUUCAAGUAUGUACGAUUAAAGUUAGCUACUCAAUGAGAUGGAAGUGAAGGAAUCGGAUUUGUAAGUAGACCUAGGCCAGCUUCCGGGAGGAAAAUUACGGAGAAUAAAUGAACAGUCAGAUCAUGUAAUUUUUC